AUGAAGUCAGAGAAAACCGUCCGCCGACGACAUGUUUACUGUCCGGUCCGAAGCCGCACCGACCACAAAUGGCAGGCGCUGCAAAACAAGCGCGACACAAUCGCGAAAUGGUGAGCUAAUUACUGUUUUACGCCCUUCUCAGCCUAGUCGAAAAUAACAAAAUGAAAUGUGUCAAGUCUCCCAUUUAUAGAAAGACUUGACUCAAAAAAGAGAAACUUGACUCAAAAAAAGAAAAACUUGACUUAAAUCUGGCUUUAAAAAAAUUCUAUCGAAAAAUAAGAUGAUAUGAAGUUUUCACAGCAUUUGACACAAGAAUAGACCCCUUAGAGAAACAGUUGACCCAAAGGGGAAAACAUGACCCAAACAUUUCCGAUUCUUGCAAACCGCCUAAAAACCAAAAGUUUACAUCACGCAGAACAUUCCAUCAGCUGAAAGAAGCCGAAACCCCUCUUCAUUCAUUGUAAAUUCGAUGAAAACGCAGAUCAAUUAUCAUUCCCAAGGCCGCGUGUCUAAAAUUACUCGGUUACAAGCAAUCCAUCAAUUUUUCUCAUCAUUCCGGUAAAUGCAAAAAGAAGAUUCUUUACUGUACAGGAACACAGACAUUUUAUUAAGCCAAGAAAUCACAAAAAAAGAUUGAAACUAAAAAUUCGUUAUAGGAAGUCGAUGGUCUACACCGAAUGCUCAUGGCUGAUCCCGAAGAAAGUCCACGCUGUCCCUGUCCGUUAUGCCAAAACCGCCGUUCCCAAGCCCUUCGAUGAAGAGGCGGCCGUCAAGAAGGAGGUGAAGAAGCAAGAAGCGCAAAAGCAAAAGGACAACGAAGUGGUGGGUCUAAAACAAGAUAAAACAAGACUGAUAAUUUCUUUAGCAAAAGCAACAAGCCGAAGCCCAGAAGAAGAAGGAAAAGGAGGCCAAGAAACAGCAGGAAGCGCAGGCUAAGAAGCAGAAGGAAGCCGAAGCCAAGGCCAAGAAGGAAGCCGAGUUGAAGGCGCAGAAGGAAGCCGAGAAAACCAAGAAAGAAGCCGAAGAGAAGGCGAAGAAAGAGGCCGAUGCCGCCGCCAGACUAGAGGCUGAUAAGAAGGCCAAGGUUGAGCAGGAAAACCAAAAGAAGGCCGAGAAGAAAGCCAAGAAAGAAGCCGAGGAAAAAGCGAAGAAAGAGGCCGCCGAAUUGAAGGCCAAACAAGAAGCCGAAGAGAAGGCCAAGAAAGAAGCCGAGUUGAAGGCCAAACAGGAAGCUGAAGAAGCCGAAAAGAAGGCAAAAGAAGCCGCCGAACUGAAGGCCAAGCAAGAAGCCGAAGCCGCCGAACAAAAGGCCAAACAAGAAGCUGAAGACAAGGCCAAGAAACAACAAGAAGAAGCUGAGAAGAAGGCCAAGAAGGAGGCGGAAAAGAAGGCCAAGAAGGAAGCUGAGAAGGCGAAGAAGGAGGCUGAAGAGAAGGCGUGGAGAGAGGCCGAAGCUGCUGAGAAGAAGGCUCAAGAAGAAGUCGAGCUGAAGGCCAAGCAAGAGGCUGAGGAGAAGGCCAAGAAAGAAGCCGAAUUAGCGGCCAAGAAUGAGCAAGAAGCUGCCGAAAAGGCGAAGAAGGAAGCCGAAGCCGCUCAAUUGAAGGCCAAGCAAGCCAAAGAAGCCGCUGAGUCCGUGCACAAGGCCUCAGAGUCCUCGGCUGACGAAGGUGCCAAGAAAGGAAAGAACAAGAAGAACAAGAACAAAGGAAAUGCCCUGAAGGAGGAGUGGGCUCAAGCCAAGAAAGAGGCCGAAGCUGUCGCCGAAUUGAAGGCCAAGGAGGCUGAAGAAGCCGUUCAGAAGCAAGCUGAGGUCGUUAAAGCGCCCGUUGAAGUCAAGGUGGAGGAGAAUGGUGAGGUGAAGAGCAAUGGGCAAGAAAACGGGAACAGCAAGAACAAAAAGAAGAAUAAGAACAAGAAUAAGAAGGACAGGACGAUCAGCAGCAGCAGCCAGCAAAGCAAUGGGUCCGUGGAGUUUGUCGAAAAGAAACAGGUGAGAAAAUGGCAAAGGGCUUUGCAGAUUUGUACAAAUUUUUGAUUAUUUAGUCUCUUUUGAAUACUAGUCCGUUCGCAAGGUCGCUGCAGCGAAUUCUGCGAUAUGCACUGUGCGAAAAAUAAGUUCAUUUUGCCCUAUGCAAUAUCGGCCUUUUGCACCGCGCAAUAGACUUUUUUGGGCUGUCGCCAAAGUCACUUCAGCGGCGUUGCCAACGGACUAAUACAAACCUCAAAACUUGACUAUCUAUCUCUUUAGGUGUCCCAACAAGAGUCCGCCAAUGGCCCGUUGAGAGUGGACGUUAACCACUCCUCAAACGGAGGUCCAAGAAUGGUAAGCCAUGAAGAGAGUCCGAGCAAGAGUCAAAGCCCAAAAAAGAACAAAUGGUGGCCCUUCAAGUGAUUUGCCCUCUGGGCAUUAGUCUCAAUUGUGUCGCAAUUCUAGCUCGGUUCCGCUCUAUUCUUCAUUUUUUAGUCAUCUUCACCGAUUCUCGGUCUAAAAAAUCUCGUUUUCCUCAGUUUUUCGCAUAUAUUUCUGCUUUUUAAUGCUUCAUGUAAAUUUACAAUGCCUUUUCUACCUUAUUUGCACUGUCUAUGUCACAAUAUGAAAACUUCUGGUCUCGAUAAAUUUGAUCGCAAUUUGCACAUUUUUCCGUUUUUUCGUUGCUUAAUUUUUGUGUUGUCCGCAAGAAUAAUAUGCUUUGGAGUAGACGUAGAUGGUAGUAGAUAGUCGCUAGUUUCAUAAGGUAUCCCUCACACUCGCUUACAACGAACGAUUUUAUGAAAAAUGGAUUUUAUCAAGGAUCAAGGACAUCUGAUGACCAAGUGUAAUAUCGUCAAAAAUACGAUAUCUGAACAAAUGAACAUGCCAACAUAGGAUGUCAAAAUGUUCCCUAUGGUACAAUAAAUCAUUGCCGCGGGUCAAAGAUUAAUGCUCUAGAUCGAGCUGGAAUAAAUUUAGCGUUACUUCGUUUGCUUUAUUUUCCUUGCACUUGAAACUUGUUUGUGUUCCGUUUGCCUUUCGUUUUUUACGUGUUUGCCCAUGAUCUUGUCAAUACGUGUCAAAUGGGAGAGGGAUCGCAUAUCCCGACCUCUUUCUGUGAUAACUCUCUUGAGCUCUCCACACUGCUUUAUUCACCAUUACUCUCUGCUUGAUCGAAAACUUUUAUUUUCCCUGACCAUCUGCUCCUCUCCAAGUCUCUAAACGAUCUUAUUUAUAUACUUCUACAUCCAGUCUAAUCUACUCUUUACUUCAUAAAACGCUACAUUCAACAAAGGGACAUUUUAUACGAUGAAACAUGUUUGAUCGUAUAAAAUGGUUUAAUCUUCCCCGACCAUCUGCUCCUCUCCAAGUCGAAAAAAACUAUUUUAUUUACCGGCAUAUCCAAUCUGACCUACUGUUAACUUCGUCAAACGCCACACUGAAUAAGGGGACAUUUUAUACGAUGAGACAUUGUUGAUCAUAUAAAAUGGUUCCGCCCAUUGAAAACCCUAAAACAGGAAUUAUUUUCUUGGAGUAGUUGUCUAAUUUUCCGAAUACCGUAACAUUCAAUGAAGAGACAUUUUAUACGAUGAAACAUGUUUGAUCGUAUAAAAUGGUUACGGCGCUCUAUAACCCCCCAAAAAAUAUUCCUUUCUUAGAAUGGUUCUAAUUCUCUAAUUUUCCUGAAUUUCAGAAGCACUCCGUUGACAGUGGCGUCGACUUUAGCAGCGAUGAACUUCGCUCCUCCCACAAGUCCAGCAGCAACGAAUCCAUCGCCGAGGAACCGCAAGGAGUUCAAACGCCCGUCGUCGAGAAAUCCCAGACCGGCCAAGAGCUCCGCGAACACCAGAACCAAAUCAUUGAGCAGAUCACCGAGUUCGUCACCUACGCCCAGCAAAAGUUGUCCAGCUCUAGUGUAAGUCCACUUACUCUAACUUUAUGGACGUAUCUUACCCUGCAUAAUUCCAGGUGGUCCACUCCGAAGCCCGUAAAGCCUUUGUUUUCAACGUUCCCAAGCCCCUGCCUCCUCAGCCUGCCCCAGUGAAACGUCAACGAACCACCAGAUUGGCUCCUCAAGACAUCGAAUACUGCGUGUAUAUGAUGGAAACCUAUGGAGAGGACUAUGAAGUAAGUCGAAAAGUUUUUUAAGCGUUAAACCUAGUUCUUAUAUUUCCAAUCAGUAUUUUCACAAAGUGCGUAGACUUUUUUCCGUUUAUAAGUCUGUCGGGAAAAUAAUGUGGAUUUGUCGCAGCGCUUUCUGCCUUAUCGCAGUCGCGCACCAAAUCUCCAGCUAGUCCUCGCAAAGCGACGAUUGGUGAUUUCAAGGCGCAAGGAAUCCACAUUAUUUUCCCGACAGACUGAUAUUACGCAUUUUUUUAAAAGUGCAUAGACUUUUUGCCGUAGGCGGUUCCGCACCGAGACUGAAAAAACUGUGCAUUCACGAUAAAAUAUGGCAAAAAGUCUACGCACUUUAUGAAAAUACUAGUACGUAAAUAGCCGUGGUAUCAUCUCGAUCUGUCGGGAAAAUAAUGGGGAUUUGCCUAUCAUGGCUUUGUGACGGUUGGAGAAAAAUAAAUCCACGUUAUUUUCCCGACAGACUGAUAUUACAAUUUUUCAAAAGUGCAUAGACUUUUUGAUACAAAGUCUAUGCACUUUUGAAUUCCGCACCAAGAUUGAUAAAAUUAGCAUUUGCGAUAAAAAGUCUACGCACUUUAUGAAAAUAUAAUACUAGUAUGUACACAGUCGUGGUAUCAUCUCAGUCUGUCGGGAAAAUAAUGUGGACUCGUCACGCAUUGGAGUCGCCCACACAUCGACAAAUCCACAUUAUUUCCCCGACGAAGUCAUAAUCCACCCUAACCCCCAAAGAUGACGUCAUUUUUGCAGGCGAUGACCAAAGACGCCCGCAACAAGUUCCACGACGACACGCGAGGCCUCCAACGCAAGAUCCGCAUCUUCAAGAACAGCGCCCACUUCGACGAAUACCAGCAGCAAAAGGCCGCGACUGCCUAG